GAAAGUUGUUACCGCUAAAUUUGUGGACGAAUUGCCCGUUAGGAUGGCUCUCGCUUGUGUCAAACGGCCAUCAGCUGCGCUUAUCGCUCAUCUCCUGGGAGAUGCAAAUAACCGACUACAUCACGUGACAGAAGCUUGCCUCGCUUCAAUCAUAACACAAUUGGGCCCGACACCGGUAUCAUCUUAUAAUGUUUUGUUUCAGCUUUCAUUGUGAGCAUGAACUACUAAGUACUUGCUGCUGCUAUGAGCUAAUUCGCGAACUACGUGGAAAGACCCUACAACCUUUCCAGUCUUAUCCCGUCCUCUUGACUCAAUCAUUCACCAGGUAAUGGCUGCUCUCACUUCGCAUCCCGAUGGAGGACUAUCACCAAAAAAGAAGGUCACUCCACGUUUAGUCCACUUGCCGUGGCGCGCAUUAGAGGCGCGUCUUGAACUCACGCACACCCUGAUCUCUAUAUGUGGCCCUCCCAGUCUGGAUGCAUCGAGAAGCUACUCUGUUGCAAUGCUCAUGCCGGUACUGUUACUGCCACUAAAGACUAGUUGUAGAAGAUACAGAUACUCUUCACAUUUUGAAAAUCCACUGACAACAACUCCUUGUGCUGUACCUGUAGUCUUCUUGAUUUUGCCCGGGGGUACCACCACAGGAUGCUGUGCCCAUAAGACACAUACUCUGUCAUCUUCGUCUAUUCUUCAUGUGCACGUGAAAGUGACUUCUAUCUAAGUGGUUUGCCGUUGCCCCACCACACCAAACACCACACAUCUAUUAUUGUUUCUAGGUCUCAUUCGCCUAUUCAUUGCCUUGCCACCGUGCUGCUUUGGCUCUUCUAUCUCCUAGUGCUCUGCACAGAGGCUACACCCGCUUCUCCGGUUUCCACUAAUCCUAAUGCUCAUUUGACCAACAACAUGUGAAUGCUCUUGUUGUUUUCGUUCAUCUCGUCCUCUGCGUCUCCCCAAAUUGCGAAGGCCCCUCUCAUUUCCCCUAACGCGACUUCGCGGUAGCCUAUUUCUGCUGGUACCACCUCCGGUUCCAACUAAACUGCUCCAAAAGCAAGGCCUACUACUUUAUGUUGUAGUACUUUCUGAAUCUGAGGCCUAACAGUGACAGCUGCUGCCUGCGUCGUGCUUGCUGGUGCGUCUACUUCCUACUUGGAUGUCAGCCCUGCGACCAUGCUCCAUCGAUGUUGUGCACGCUCCAGCAGUCUCUAGAGAUUCCUAAUCAGAGAUAUACAAGAUAUAUGAUGGAAUUUCGAAAGAAAAAGCGUAAAUAAGAGUCGAAGUUCUGAUCCGUUAUUCGGUGCACAUUAUACUGUUGCUUGUUGCAUGCUUGCCACAAGACAGAGCAUCUUUGUUUUGCAUGAACAAGUAAAACGUUGGUCAACCUGAUUAAAUCAACAUAAAAUUCUAUUUUUUUUAGUUUUUUAUUUUUUCAAAAAAAUACUUGGUGAAAAACCAUGUGUGCUGAUCUUUCUGAUUGACUUCAGACUACUGAAUUAGGGUGUAAUGAUGCCAUAUCUGCUCAUAUGUGAUUUAAUUUAAAAAAAAUACAUAAAAUCAAAAAUUUAUGGAUUUUGUACUUUAGAGCAAAUUCAAACUCACCAAAGUCGCGGCUUAUACUUUUUUUGGGGUUUGAGCAGGCACGACCGUGACGAAAUUAAAAGGAUUAAAGUCACUAUCGCUCAUGAUUUUGUAUCAGCAUGAAAAAUAUUUUACUUCUAGACUGAAACAUCGCAGAUAUACUGAUAAUCCAUGUGAAAUCGUCAAAGAUGAUUUCAAAGGUUUCCCCAGGAAUUUAAUUUCAAUCAAAUGGAAUAAAAUCAAAAUUUUUGUGUUUUGACAGAAAAUACGUGAAUUUAGAUAAUUUGUUCAUAAUAAUCAAAUUAUGGAGUUGGAGGUGUAACGUAGGCCAGCCAAAUAAGUAUGAUAAGUCAUGUUGCUGCACAAUAUUUAUAUCAAAUUGUGCUGAGCUUUUACUACAAUGGUUUGGAACGUGCAUUCACAUCGUGCAGUAUAACAUCAUACCACUUCGUAGGUCGUCGUGACUGGGUUACAGCACCAAAUGUGGGAUGUGCGCCACCUUGCUAUCGAGGUAUGCACGUUGCUCUUCCAGAGUGUGGGUUUGAAAUUGCUACCGUUUCUCAAGGAGGUUCCACCGAAUUUGAUCGAGAGUUUAAAUGCGCGCUUCUCGGAAGUUGACCCGGGAAACUACGGUGAUGAAACGGAAUUUUCGAAUGCGUUAACGCAGGCGCGCGAGCAGGUGGAAAGUGUGAACUCGCCAAGAAGUGCACAGCAGUUGGCGUUGUUGUUAUGAGAAACAUAUGAUGUGAGUUCGCCAGGCAAACGGGACCUUCUUAAUUGCGUCACAACUAAGCACAUGGAAGUAGACUUCUCCGUUGUAAUUACCUCUACAUCGAUCACGUCGACGCUUUGCUUCUAAUUCCAAGUUCUACCGCAACCAGCAAUCGCACCGCCUACAAGCGCGGGAAGCAGCCGCGAAGGACACGUGACGAGCAGCGUCAUGCAACUGAGAAUCUUCAUCGCGGCGGACGAUCGUCUCCUGGUGGUCGCCGAAACUCGCCCAGAACUUCCGAGUCUCCAGGGGUCCGGUCUCCCGGUGGUGGUGGCAGCGUGACUAUUCACAGCAUGAUGCGCAGUACGAGCAGUACCGCCGCAGGCGGUCCAGGCGGCGGAAGCAUGGCGACGGGCAUAAAUGGAAAUGCUCAACAAGAUCACUCGCAUUCGCCGGUGGAACGCGUUGGAACUGCAGCAUCGACAAAAAGGCGUCGAUCCAGACAAGAACGAGCGCGCAGUCGAUCGCCACCCGAACGAAGCUCGACCAGAAGUCAUGGGACUACGACUCGCAGUCCGCGCCCUUCGGUCGAUCCACCGCCUAUCGUCGAACGGCCGGCCAGCCACUCUUACGUAGACUAUCAACAAGCGUACGAAGAUCGGCUGUCGCGCGCAUUUAGUAACAAAAACGCACCCAUCAAAUGAACCUGGUAGCUGCUGCAAAAACGAUCAUAUUGUUAUUGGAUAAACGCUGCUGUGCAGAAGUUUCAGUUCAGCUUUGCUGGAAUACAUUUGUAGUCUCCUCUACGUUCCGAAUCGUCUCUCCAUCCAUUCGGAGUUAUAGUGUUAACGCAACAGCUGGUAUUUGUCUUAGUAAGCAUAGUCUUUUUUGAUGUUGAAUAAAAUGUAACCUACAAAUUCGGUGCAAGUCCAAGUUUAUUUUUACCUUUGUGAUAACCAUAACGAACUUCUAGUAUAGGUAUUGGUGGAACAUUAGCCGUGCUAGCUGCUUUGGAACUCGUCCGGUACAAAAGCUGCAGAAGGUAAAUUUUGCCGCGAUAGUGCUAAAGCUACUACAUAAGUCGCUAAGGGUAACUUUUACAAUGAAGAUGCUAAGGAUAAGGAAAGUCAAAUUUCCAAGAGUAACAAUAUUGAUGGCUUUCAUGAUUAUCAUCAUCCUUAAACUGAAUAAGAACGAAAGAUGUAUAACGAAGAUAUUUCCAUAGGGCAACAUCUUUUUCUGUGUGGUGGUUGGAGAUGAGUCUCUUUCUGUUUUGCCGCAAGUAGCAUGGAUCGGACGUAUUCUGGACAAGGGACGAUGUGGUGACUCAUCUGUGCUUGAUGCAAGUAGAAAGAUAGAAG